AUGAAGUGGACCCAUCAACGGAUCCGCGAUGUCAUUAAUAAAUACUUCCACAAACGGGCGUGUUGGUUUCAAAUGGAAAUGGCUAAGGCGGUGUAUGAAGGUUAUGAUGUUGUCGGCGUAGCGGCUACGGGUUCCGGCAAGACACUAUCGUUCUUCGCACCACUCGCGAUGGCGUUGGAAGAGGGGCAGAAGAAGGUUGUCUUCGUCGUAACACCGCUGAAUCUCCUAGGUCAGCAGAAUUGCGAAGAUCUGAAUAAAGUUGGCCUACCCGCUAUCUCGGUGACAGCGGAGAAUGCCAGCCCAGAGACUUUCAAGGCCAUUGAAUCCGGAGAAUAUAGAGCCGUUAUAAUAAAUCCUGAGAUAUUAAUGAGUCCCGCCUGCGCUUUAUUAUGGAAGAAUAGAAAGUUUACCGCGACAAUCCUCAAUUUCGUCUUCGACGAGGCCCACUGUGUCAGUCAGUGGGGUUCAUUCCGGAGAGAUUACCUACAUCUGGGAACUCUCCGGUUCAUUUUGCCCGAUACAAUCCCUUUCUUCGUUGUAUCGGCCACGCUACCACCACCUGUCCUAACAGAAGUGUCGGCGAUACUACGACUACGCCCUGGGCGAACGAAGCAUUUCAUCCGCUCGAAUGAUCGUCCCAAUAUUGCGCUCAUCGUACGGCAGAUGAAGUACACGGUAACGAGCUAUCAAGAUCUAGCUUUCCUUAUCAAGGACGGGUGGAAGACUGGCGAUGCCGCACCUGAGAAAUUCGUCGUUUUCUUCGACAGCACACGCGAGACCGAGGACGCCACCCACUUCUUGCAGUCACGAUUGCCCAAGGAGUGUCGGUGCAAGAUCCGUUGGUUUCAUGCUACGAUGACGUCUACAUACUGUGCCAAUGAGUACGAAGCAUUCAGAAAGGGGGAAAUAUGGGCCCUGUGCGUGACAGAUGCAUUUGGAAUGGGGCUUGACUUACCAAACAUAAAGGUUGUCAUCCAGUGGAAGACCACCGCAAGUCUCUGCUCGAUUUGGCAGAGGAUUGGCCGUGCCGCUCGUGGGGAUGGAAGCACAGCGAAAGCUGUUGUCUUCGUUGAGAAGAAGUAUCUUGAUGUUAACCGACAAAAGAAGGAUGAGAAAGCAACACAGCGACUCGUUAAAGCAGCGACGAAGAAGAGAAAGGCACCCAGCAAUGUAACCGAUGAGCGACCCGCUAAGCGACCUGCGUUAGCCCCAAGUGCGGGAGCAAACAACAAUCAAGUGGGAUCAUCCACCUUGAAUUCCAGGAAUCUGGACAUCAACAACUUUGAAGCUGCGGCGAGGGAUCAGGAACGAGGUGUUGCGGUAGAGUUACAGCGGCAGAGUUAUCAUUCGAGUCGCAACCAGUACCGUUCAAUUGCAAGCGAUCAGAAGGAUCACUCAAUCGAACCUGCCCUAGACAACAUGGUGAAUGCACGUACACGUGGAUUUAAUUGUCGUCGUCAGCCGCCUACUAUCUACUUUGGGAACGACAGUUGUGCAAACGAGGACCACUUACUCUGCGACAAUACGCAACCAGACGGCUGCUCAAGGUGCCGACCGAAGGUGUGCAACAGUGAGACAUCACCUUGCUGCGAUGAAUGUGUUCCCGCACUCUUGGAACUCUUUGAAGGUGCCACUGUGCCUCCGCAAACUCGGGCAGCAUCUUGUUCAUCAAUAAAGCCGUACGAACCAACACUAGCGGACCAAAAUCUCAAGACCGCACUCAAGUCCUGGUGCAAGGUAGCAGCACAUGUCAAAUUCGGUUCUACCAUGGUUCAUACGCACAGCAUACAAGUAUUCAUGCACGACAAGAUCAUUCAACGCAUCGUCGAUUGCGCUCACAUAGACAGAAUUCGAACCAUUGAAGACCUCGCAAAGGAGACACGAUGGACUUUCGAGCGCAUCAAAGAUUACGGUGUCGAAAUCCUGUCCAUCAUUCAACAGCAUUCACAACAUUCCCUCACUGCUGAGCCGGCGCCCUCUGCCACGUCAACAAUAUCUACGACACCCGUGCUCAACAACCCACAACAUACUAAUCCAGACCUCGCGCAAGCCUCAGCCAAGCGAACUCGUGCACUGCCAAAGCAACGGCAGUGUAGCGAGUGCCAUCAAGUGGGCCACAUCAAAACCAAUCGGGACUGCCCCGCCCGCAAGGCAAAGCUUGAUGCAAUCUCAACGAACCAUUCAACCUCGACGAACCAUUCAACCAUGACAUCAAACAAUGAAAACCGACCCCCGCUGCCCAUCACAGCACAAGCCCAUUAUCCAACUGCGAACUAUUAUCCAUCUUAUUUUGCGUACAUGAACACCCCUAAUCCACAUACGCCGCACUUUCCCCACACUGGUCCAUCGUCUCGAUGA